CGGCAGGCACCGACUCUUCUCACCCGCAUCUGUUCCUGGACGUGGCCCCGCCAGCGGAAUGAUUCCCGCCGCGACGUCGGGGCUGCCGUUCCUCGUCCUGGGAAUAAUGUUCCUUUGCCGCCCGCUAGCUGGAAAGCCAGGCCAGGGCGAGGCCACUUGGUCUCGCUUCGCCCGCCUGCCUUUCCCGGACGACGCGCUCUUUCUCUACGACACGUUCCCUCGGGGUUUCCUUUGGGGAACUGGGACCGCGGCGUAUCAGGUGGAAGGCGCCUGGGACCGGGACGGGAAAGGGCCUUCGGUGCUGGACACCUCCACGCACCGCUCCGCGUCGCCUUUUAGAAACUCGCCCGAGCUGGCCUCCUGGGACUCGGCCAGCGGCAGCUACGACCACGUCGACCGCGACCUGGACGGCCUGAGCGCCUUGGCGGUCUCCCACUACCGCUUCUCGCUAGCUUGGGCGCGCCUCCUACCGAACGGCACGGCGCCCGCCAAUCCCGCCGGUUUGCGCUACUAUGCGCGCCUGCUCUCCGGCCUGCGGCACCGUGGCAUCGAACCGGUAGUCACCCUCUACCACUGGGACCUGCCCCAGGCCCUGCAAGACCGUUACGGCGGCUGGGAGAACCCGAUUCUCGUCGAAUUUUUCUUGGACUACGCCCGGUUCUGUUUCCAGCACUUUGGCCGCCACGUGCGCUACUGGCUCACCAUAGACAAUCCUUACCUCGUGGCGUGGCACGGCUACGCCACGGGUAGGCUGGCCCCGGGGGUGCGAGGCGGGCGGAAGAUGGGCUACAAAGUGGCGCAUAACCUCCUGAAGGCCCAUGCCAAAGUGUGGCAUCUUUAUAAUGACAAUUUUCGUCCUACUCAAAAAGGCCAACUAUCAAUUGCUUUAAGUUCUCACUGGAUAAAACCUCAAAACAUGACCGAAAAAAAUAUAAAGAAUUGUCAGAAAUCUCUCGACUUCGUGUUGGGCUGGUUUGCUAAGCCUAUAUUUACUGAUGGAGACUAUCCUCAGAGCAUGAAACGUUAUCUUUCCUUGACAUUACCAGAAUUCACUGAUUCAGAAAAGAACUUAGUCAGAGGAACAGCUGAUUUCUUCGCUCUUUCUUUUGGAGCCACAUUAAGUUUUAGUCGUGUGGAAAAAGACAUGCUGUUCCAGCAGCAUCAAACUCUGAACCUGAGGCAGCUACUUUACUGGAUAAGCAGGGAAUAUAAUCCAUCACAGAUCUUCAUUGUGGAAAACGGUUGGUAUGUUUCUGGAAGUACAACGACAGAUGACGCCAAUUAUAUGUAUUACCUUAAAAAUUUCAUACUGGACACAUUAAAAGCUAUCAGAUACGAUGGAGUUGCUGUGAUGGGGUAUACCGUUUGGUCCCUCAUGGAUGGUUUUGAAUGGUUCAGAGGCUACGUUCGACGGGGCUUAUUUUAUGUUGACUUUCAAAGCCAGGAUAAAAAAAUGAUAAUGAAAUCUUCAGGUUUGUUUUACCAAAAGCUGAUUCAAGACAAUGGUUUCCUCCCAACACCAGAAACCCAACCUUUUAAAGGAACAUUCCCCUCUAAUUUUGUUUGGGGGGUUACAGAAAAUUUUCUUCAGAUAGAUGCAAAACGAUCUCAGUUUAUUGACCCUAAUAUUUAUACAUGGGGAUUUCACCAAACCAAGAAUCACCUCAAAAUUGAUGGAAGUGGUGUUCUGAAACGGAAGCCUCACUGUGUUGAUUUUUAUCAUGUUAGACUCCAGAUUUCUUUACUUCAAAAAAUGCAUAUCACACACUUUCAUUUUUCACUAGUGUGGCCUUUGAUCCUCCCUCUUGGCAAUGAGACAAAUGUAAACCAAACACUUCUAUUUUAUUAUCAGUGUAUUAUAAAUGAACUGAUCAAAGUCAACAUCACUCCCGUAGUUGCUUUGUGGCAAUCUGGAGCUCCGAAUCAAGGGCUCCCUUUUUCACUGGCCAGCAAAGGAGGAUGGGAGAGCCAACAUACUGUGGAAGCUUUUGUUGAGUAUGCUCAGUUCUGUUUUAAAAACUUUGGACAUCAUGUCAAAUUUUGGAUCACCAUGAAUGAACCCAGUGUGAAAUACCUGACAUACAAAGCUGCACAUAAUCUCUUGAAAGCUCAUGCCAAAGCAUGGCACUUGUAUGAUAAAAAAUUCAGAAAGAUUCAAAAUGGUAAAAUAUCAAUUGCCUUACAUGCUGACUGGAUUGAGCCUGCCAGCCCCUUUUCAAAAAAGAGUGAGGAAGCAGCCAGGCGAGCUUUGGAAUUUGACAUUGGCUGGCUGGCAGAGCCAAUCUUUGGGUCUGGUAAUUAUCCAGAAGUGAUGCGACAGUUGCUUCGCCAAAAAAAUGAUCUAGGUUUUCAUAAUUCUCAGUUACCUUAUUUCUCAGCAGAGGAAAAGAAUCUAAUAUAUGGCUCCUUUGAUUUUUUUGCUCUGAGUCACUAUACCACAAUUCUUGUCGGUUCCGAAAUAGACAUUUCCAAAAAGUAUGAUCCCCUUCUUGAUAUCCAGAUGGUAAAAGAUUCAACUUGGCUGGAAUCACCCAGCCAAACUCCAGUGGUGCCCUGGGGACUACGGAAGCUUCUCAAUUGGAUUAAACAUAAAUAUGGCAAUAUCCCAAUUUAUAUCUUAGCCAAUGGAAUCGAUGAUCAGAAGAAUCCGUCCUAUGACAAGUUAAGGAUACAUUACCUGGAGAAUUAUAUUAACGAAGCCUUAAAAGCCUACACCUUGGAUGAUGUUAAUCUCCAUGGCUAUUUUGUCUAUUCUUUCAGUGACAGAGGGGAUUCCAGAUCAUAUGGCCUCUACAAUUACAUGAUAAACAAGUAUGAGGCAAAACCUUCACUGAUGUACUAUAGGCAGAUAAUAGACAAUAACUCUCCUGGCUCAGAAAACCAAGACCAGCUCUGCCCCAAAGAGCUUCUUCGUUGCCUAGAACGUGAAUCUUUGCAACCCAGAAAAUUUGUAUUGGUGUUUACAUCAUUCAUACUCUUUGCUUUCAUUGUUAUUAUAUUUCUGAUGGCUUACUACUCCAAGAAGAUUGAGAGACGAUCAAAAUACCCCUAUCCAGUUCUUUGCCGCCUUUCACCUGUGUUACUUGGAAAAGUCUGGAAAUAAUUAUGCAGUAGGCUGUAAUUACUGUUGCACUGUGUAGGCCAUCUAAUGCUGUGGUUUUCUGUGGUGAAUCAUGUUCAUGGAGUUUGUGUGAUUCCUCUUGGGAUUGGUGUUAGUAUUUUGACUUUUAGUUCCUUAAUAUUAAUUCCAUCUCUCUUCUCCAAUAGUUGCUUUGAUUCAUCAAGGGAGGAGCAGAACAUUACCCUUCCUUGCAUAAUUAGAAAAAUGCAUAAUUCCUUGCAUAAUUAGAAAAAUGCCCAUGUCAUUGUUCAUCUGUACCAUGCUGAUGGAGAUCUCUUUGAGCAGAUUGUCUCUUGGUGAGGAUGAGAUUUGAAAUAAAUAACUUGUUCAAAUGCUGAGGGGAGGACUGCUUGUUCAGUAUGCUGUCAGUGAUGCCUUCUUUCAAUACAUUCCCUUUUUCUCCCCUCUUUUCUAUUUCCUGUUUUAUACUCCAAAACUUGAUUCACCUUCUUCGUGCAUGAACAUGCCUAGUUUUUUUAAUGAGCUAAUUUUAGUUCCUGUUCUAGGAACUAGGAUUUUAUUUCCAUAAUCGUUGUACUCUCCUAUUGUUUCCUGAUUAUGUAUCUAUUUAGUCACCAUGAGAGCCUUUUUUAGCUGGAGGUUUAAAAUUAGACUGAUGAAGCUAUUAAUUUAGAUAUAUUAUAUUUUUAAUAAUAAACCCCUGGUUAUUGAGUUCUCAGGAUAAAAUUAACACCUUAUAAAGUCUUAGACUUGAAGAGCUCAGGGAUAGUGCCUCUGAUUUUUAGGCAGAAGGACACGUAUUCAGUCCAUGUAUAUAGUGUUUGGUCUGAAAGGCUCUUAUCAGUACGUACAAAUAAUAUUGUACUAGAUGGAUAAAUGUUAAGUCAAUAACUGUGUUCUUGCUGAUUCUUAAAAUCGAAAGUCAACCUAAAAAAAAUCCAGCAUACAAGAAAGAAUUCUAAAGGCAAGAAAAACCAUCAUCUUAAAACUGCAUUUUCAUCAUCUAUGAAUUGAUAAGCAGUUGUGAAGGUGCUCAACUAAAUUUUCCUAUAAAAGAGAAAAUUAUAUAGUCAAAUAUGAAUGUCUGAAGUAUCUGAUUUUUGUAGAAUUUUCAGUUAAUUAAUUUAUGUAAAAAGAGGCAGCCAGGGUAAUUUUGCAGCUCAUUCUCUUUUUACUUGCUGAUGCUGCUCACACUAGUGAAAGAAUCUGUUUUAUUGGAUUUUACAUAGGAAAGCUGUAAAUAGGGCUGGAGUAAAUAAAACAACUGGUAAGCAGUGAAAGCAAUAUUAGUCAGACAGUAACUGUAAGAUUGGAUAUUUUCAGGUAAAAUAAUGGAAGUCCUGCCCUAAUCAUUCCCUUGAAAUGAGCCUUGAAAGGAAGAAAGUGGAACUAGCAACCAACAGUUUUAAAUCACUCCUAGCUUUUAUGUUUUUAAAGUUUAUUUUUUCCCAUUAGCAUUUGGUGCAAUCUUUACUCUCAUUUGCAGUCAUUCUGUGGAGAUAGGCGGUAGACAGACAGACAGAUAUAGGUAAAUACAUAAUUAGAUAUGGAUAGAUAGAGAUGAUAGAUAGCAUGUGCUCAUCCAACCUUUCUCCAAUUGACUAAUUUACUGUUUACUCCCCAAAUUCUCAACUUGGUUGGCAAAAUUGCUGUACUCUAAUUAUAGAUGGCAACAAUAAACAAUUUUACAAUAAUUUAAAUCCCAGAGGACUGGCCAAAUAAACAUGCAUAUGAUUGUUACAAGUGCCCAUAACACUUUGUGUAUUCCAUUUUGUAAAAGCACACUUUAGAUUUUUUUCUGCCCCCCCUUCCCUCCCCCCCCCGCCCCGGGCCCAGUUUUUGCUGCUGUUGACUUCUUUCUCUCUUCUGUUCAAUCUGUCCAAUUCUCAGAGACUUGUCAGGUCAGAAGUGGUUUGCCAUUGCCUCUUUCCUAGGGCUGAGUCCUAGGGUGGAGAGAAUGACUGGCUGAGGGUCACUGACCUGAGGAUUUUGUGCCUAAGGCAGGACUAGAACUCACAGUGUCUCAGUUACUAACCUGAUGCCUUAACAAGUAUAUUAAAAAAUAGGUUUUGCCAGUUUUGAACAUUCUUAGUACCAGAUACUUCAAAUAAUCCUGUUAGACGCAUUUUCUCUUUAUAUGUAACAUACAAAAAUUCUAUGUGAUGAAGUAUUUAACAAAGAAGUAGUGAUAAGACCGUUUUUUGCCUCUUGCAUGGCAUAAUACAUUUCCCAUAUUUCAUUGCAUUUGGGGAAUCUAAAAUGUGGCUAUUGUAGUCUGCGAGCAGAUUACAUAAAGUAUGUUUUCUUAAUACAAUAUAUUUAGUGAUUUAUAAAGAAGGUAAAUAAUACUUGGGCCCCAUCAUCCAGUAUUUAAUCUAUAUUGUGUAACAGAGAUAACUAUAGAGAAACUAUUUUAUUUACCAUAACAUACAGUAUUUCUAUUCUUUUCAUUCUUGACCAAACCAGCAUGCAAUAGUUCACAAUACAAAUACAAAACAAUAAUAAAAUAGAAACAUUACACAUAUAAUCUAAAACCUCAUUAUAAUUUCCAAAAGUAAUAAUUGUACACAAACAAUUAAGAAAAGCACAAAUCCAAUGCUAAAAUACAAUAAAACAGAAUCUUAAAACAAUAUCUUUCAGUAUUGGGUGUGCAAGACAGAAGAGUUUGGGUAUAACAAUAUGAUUUUUGUCUCUUAAAUCAGGGAGUAGAGAUCCAGUCUUUUGAAGAACUGCACCCAAUAAUAGCAAGUGGUGAACUGGAUUCUAUAAUAAAAUAUAUUAUGAUUACACUGUAAAUGAUAAUUUGUGUAUAUGUACAUUUCUGCAUCAUGUGGGGGGGGGAACAGCCCAUUGGUUUUGUUUUGCUAGAUGAGAAUUCUUGUUACAGUGCUAAAAUUAUCACGAGAUGGAUUUUAACCUAUGUAAACAGUGUUCAUCAGUUUUUGCUAUUAACAAAAGUUUGAAAGCUUCUAUUUUAAAUUACACUUUGGUGGGUAGAAAAAUGGUUAUUUAAUGGAAAAACAAGGACAACUGAGAUGUAAAGAUUAUUGUCUGGGUUCAUAAACCCCUUUUUUGCCAAUUGUAAAUUGCACACUAUUCCCCCCCUAUUAUUUAUUUAGCAACUGUGAAUUUUGCAUCUCACUGUGAAUGUAUCUUGUACAAAUAGUGUCUACUAUAUAAAAAAAUGUAUAAAAAGUGUAAAGUCAUAAUCUGAAUAGUUUUGCAAUCACCACCCGUUGUUGCUGACUCUGCUUUGAAAAUUCUACUUCAUUCAUGUCCUUUUUAAUUGUUCUAAUAAUGUCAAGUUUAAGCUCUCUACAAGAAUCUGAACUACUAAUGGUCAAGGGAAAUUCAUGGGAAUUAAGUAUAGAAAGAAAUUCAAGGUGGAUUGGACUUAGAUCUCUUGUGGCUGCGUAGGGACUCAUGACUGAUAAUGAGUUUGACCCCUCCCUCGGGUUUAGCUUGGUCAUGUCCUACAAAUAACCUGUACAUUAUUUCUACUUUCCUGAAACCUAUGAAUGUGAUAUGACUGUGCAAUCAUUUUAGAAAAUUCCAAUUAUGUUUGUCUUACUGUAUUUUAUGGAAUGAAUGGUAGCAGAGAAUAUAUUUGCAAAGUGAACCAAGUAUUUUUCUUGUUUAUUAUCUAAUAAAUUGAAUUACAUUACUUUA